AUGUAUCUCAACUCAGCUUUCUCAUACCUGGCACUUUUUGCCUCCCUUUCCACGGCCACUCCUGUUCCAGACCCCGACCGUAGGCCGUCGUAUUUUGUUCUGGCCGGCGACGGGACAACGGCGCCGCAAUCCAAGUUUUCAGGUGGCUGGGGUGAUGGCUUUCUCAACACAUGUCUGGUUCAAGGAGCCACAGGAAGGAACUUUGGGGUGAACGCUGCGACGACAGUUUCAUAUCGCGCAGACGGCCACUGGGCGAAGGUUCUUGCGGCCGCAAAGGCAGCGGGGGCAAAUGGGGCCUACAUUCCGUACGUGACGAUCCAGUUUGGGCAUGGCGACCAGAGGCCCGAGAACAAAAUCUCCAUGGCGCAGUUUACGCGCAACCUCGUUCAGUUCGUAAAGGAAGUCAAGGCCAUCCCCGCCACACCCAUCCUGGUCACGCCGCUUAGCAAGCGCGACUUUGAUUCCUCGGGCCAUGUCAUUGAGAGUCUCGCCGAUGUGACGGCGGCAACGAAGAAGGCGGCUGAGCUCAGCCAUGCGAUUCUCAUUGACCUCAAUGCUGCGAGCACCAAGUACCUGAAUGCCAUUGGGCCGAAGAAUGCGCACACAUACAACUUGCACCUAUCGGACAACACCCACCUCAGCAAGGGGGGAAGCAUCGUAUUUGGAAACAUGAUGGGACUGCACAUUGACUGGGCGAUUGCGAGGUUGGUGAGUUAUGUCAGGCCGGUGAAGGAGAUUUCGCAGGCGCUGCAGCAUAACGAAUUUGUACCGAUGCAGUAA